AAUCGUUCAAAUUCGUCGUGUUUGAAUGUUUUCUUUUACGGUGGUAUACGGCUCUCUGCUCCUUUUUAAAUGCGACGGAUUGAAUAAUGCUGGCUGUCGACCCCAUGCAUUCAAACUCUUAUGAAGAGUGCAUACGUCAGCUCAGAAUCUCCUCUCAUUGGGCUAAUAGAUAAGGUAUACCGAAGAUGAUCAAGCCACAAACGUGGUUGGGACGUUGACUUAUUGGUCGGAUAUGGCGUAUCUUCCCAUCACCCUGCUCUACUUAUCUCCGUAAUGGCCAGUGCUGAUAGCGACGGGGUUGUAACGAUGUCGGAAUCCAGCGCGCCAUGGGAUAUGAGAUGAGAUGCCUCUUAGAUACAAAUAUAGGGCCCUGCCGAGAGAAUGUCAUUCAUUUCAGAACCCCCAUAGUCUAAAAUGGCCUCCCCUGCAUUGCCCGUGGCAGAAAUAACGACCCAACUAGCAUCUUCUCACCUCGAAAAGAAAGAAGAUGCCACUCCCCUCCAGCUGCUGGAAAUCCCCGGCUAUGACCAAGACCUAAGCUGGUCCAUCCACGAGGAGCGUGUUGCGGUCCGCAAGGUCGACCUCUGUAUCCUCACCUUCAUCGUCCUGCUCUUCACAUUCAUGCAAUUCGAUCGAACCAACAUCUCCGCCGCUCUCACAGACACCCUUCGCACCGACAUCAAUGUAAACACGUCUCAGAUCAACACUGCCCAGACUCUCUUCAUCUUGGGCUUCAUUCUCACCGAAAUCCCAUUCAACAUCAUUACGAAGAAGAUAGGGGCCGAGACAUGGCUACCCAUCACCAUGUUCCUCUGGGGUGUGUGCACAUGGUGCCAGAUCUUCAUGAAGAGCGCUAGUGGCCUAUUUGCCUUGAGGUUCUUCAUAGGUGCUAUGGAGGGCGGAUAUAUUCCUGGAAUGGCACUUUACAUCUCCCGCUACUACACCAACCCUGAACUUGGCCUCCGCUUCGCCCUGUUCUGGGCCAGCAACGCAGUCGCAGGUUCCCUGUCCGGGCCCCUUUCUCUCGGCCUUCUCUCCCUCAGCGGCACCCACGGACUGAAGGGCUGGCAAUGGCUGUUCCUUAUCGAGGGCGCCGUCACCUGCUUCCUGGCUGUCGUGGCAUACCUCUACCUGCCUCAUUCAGCUCCCAAACCAAAGUCGUUCUUCGGAAAGAGCUGGAACAUCUUCACCGAGCGAGAAGCGGCCAUCUUGACCACCCGAGUUCUGAGAGACGACGCAACUAAGGGGUACACCCAAGGCAAGUCGGUCCAGAUUCAAGACUUGAAAGAUACGUUCAUGGAUUGGAAAAUCUAUGGACACGUUGUGUCUGCGUUCCUGUCAAUGCUUAUGAUCUAUCCCAUCAACACCUACGCACCGUCGCUCAUAAAAUCCCUCGGAUUCGGUGGCUACAACGCCAAUGGCCUCAACUCAGUCGGCUCUGUCGUCUCUCUCAUAAUCUCCAUCUCAAUUGCAUGGAAUAGUGACCGUACCCAAGAGCGUGGUUUCCACAUUGCCUUUGGAUUCUGUGUCGGCAUUGCGGGUCUGUUGUGGACUGCCCUGGCGCCAGUUUCCUCUUCGAAAUGGGUUGUUUAUGGUGGAAUCGUCCUCACCCAAGCUGGCAUGGGUUCGACGCAAGCGCUCAACGCAGCGUGGCUUUCGAGUGUAGUAGACGACAGAAAACGACCUAUUGCAUUGGCAAUGUACGUUAUGGGCAUCCAGCUCGCUGGCUUCCCUGGAAAUCAGCUAUUCCGACAGCAAGAUGCUCCGAGAUACAGCAGAGGCUUGAUCAUUGCUGCAGCCUGUGCAGCCGCCGGAGCGGUGAUCGUGUUGGUAUGGAAGGGGAUUUAUGCAUUUGUGGAGAGACGACAAAAUAGGAGCCCUGUGAAUGUCACAGAAAGCCCUCGCAGUGAAGAGAGCGCGUGGGGCGAGAAGAAGUGAAGACUGCUUGUAUAAUAUGAUAUCUCUAGAAUGCCUCUUUAGCGACAAGAACCAAACAUAGGAUUAGAUAGAACGAUGCAAAUCCCUUACCACGAC